GAUCGAACCUGCUAUGGAGUUCGAUUUACUCUCUCUCCUUGUCUUUCUAAUUAUCUCUCUCCUACUCAUCGCCUUAAUUAGAAAUCUCCGGCGAUAUGAUCAUCCUAACUUAAAACUACCGCCGGGGAGCUUCGGAUGGCCGUUCAUCGGAGAAACAAUCGAAUUUCUCUUCGGCAAGCCAGAGAACUUCGUCGGCGAACGGAUGAAAAGAUACUCUCCCGACAUCUUCAAGACCAAGAUUCUCGGCGAGAAAACCGUCGUCAUUUGUGGGCCAAACGGUCACAAGUUUCUUUUUUCCAACGAGCAAAAACUCUUCACUGCCUUCCGUCCACAUCCCAUGCAACGCCUCUUCCGCUCUUACCGGACCAAAGCCACCGCCGUUACCGUCGCUGCCGCCGAAGUCGAGACAAAGGUCAUCCGUACUCCCGGUUUCUUCAAACCGGAAGCCCUAGUAAGAUACCUACCAAAAAUGGAUGCCAUGACUCAGCAGCUUAUCGGUAGUAGCUGGUAUGGCAAGAGCGAAGUUCCAGUCCAUUCUCUUUCGAAAACCAUCACACUCAGCCUCGCAUGUCGUUUCUUUCUCGGGAUUGACCAUCCGGAGCGCAUAGCCCGGUUAGUCGAACAUUUUGACGAUAUUACCAAUGGGAUGCACUCCAUCAUCUCCAAUUUUCCUGGCACCAUCUUCUAUCGUGCAACCAAAGCAGCCGAAGCCAUUAGGAAGGAAUUGAGGGCGGUGAUAGGCGAGAAGAAGGCGGCGAUAGCUAGUGGUGCUCCUGCGAUGGACAUACUCUCGCAUAUGAUUAUUGUCUCGGAUCCGACCGGAAAGUUUAUGCCCGAGGCCGAGAUUGCUGAUAAAAUGAUGGGGCUGCUUGUGGCCGGUUAUAGCACAAUCUCCACAACCAUGACUUUCUUUAUGAAAUAUGUUGGCCUUCAUCCAACUAUUUACCAAAGAGUCUACUUGGAGCAAAUGGAGAUUUCAAAUGAUAAGAAGGAUGGAGAAUUGUUAAAUUGGGAUGACUUGGGCAAGAUGAAAUACUCAUGGAAUGUAAUGUGCGAGGUGAUGAGACUUGUUCCUCCACUACAAGGCACUUUCAGGGAAGUUCUCGUCGAUUUCACCUACGCCGGUUAUACAAUCCCCAAAGGAUGGAAGUUAUAUUGGACGGUGAGCACUACAAACAUGAAUCCGGAGUACUUCCCAAAUCCAGAGAAGUUUGACCCAUCGAGAUUCGAAGGAGACAAGAUGCAGCCGUACACAUUCACCCCAUUUGGAGGCGGUCCAAGGUUGUGCCCGGGGAAGGAAUACGCUCGGUUAGCAGUGUUAAGUUUCGUUCAUAAUGUGGUGAAGAGAUACAAAUGGGAGGUGAUGGAUCCAUUGGAGAAGGUGGUGGGAGAUAUGAUGCCAACUCCUGAGAAAGGGUUGCUUGUUCAUCUUCAUGCUCACUAAAAUUGUUAUCAUCUGUAUUAUUGUUUAUACUUAUAUAUUUUUCAAUGUUCUAAGUUCAACAAGUUUAAAAAGUGUUAAAAU